UGUUGGAGGGCCAUUGGGUCAGCCCAUUACAAUGAAACGCAAUGAUUCCUUUACGGUGAAUCAGCACUUGCAAGGCAGGACGCCAACCGAAGUGUUGGGAUACGAAAAAGUAUUGAAGAAUGCCUUGAGUCAUCAAUCUCAACACGCCCGGCUGGCCGUGGCGAGCCAGGUGUUCCUCAGUAGUGCGAUACCGGACGAGCGAUGCUUUGACUUUUUCCACUACUUUGUCGUGUCCUCUUUGGGAACAAAGCCGUCAAAUUGCUUUAGAGAAGGUCUCGUCACCAUAUGCCGAAAGUUCUACAAGCUUUGCGCUCGUAAUAAGGCUUUCAAACCUCGCGCGACGACCUUUGUGAAUGUGUUGGUGAAGGAAAUUUUGAGUCGGAUAGAUCCCUCAGGCGAACAUGCUCAGACCUUUCUAUGCUUGACCCUUUUGGACACCUUCCUAUCUUUAUGUCCCUCGGUUUUGAAGGAAGGGCCAGGAAAUGAGAUCACUAUAGUGCUGUUGACAGUGCUCAUUCAAAGCCCUUUUGAACUUUCAAGGGAAGCUGCAUAUGGCAUGUUGAAAAAGUUUGGAUCCCAGAGCCUAUUAAGUCAUGUUCUACCUGAUGUGACAGAGACUGCAAAGUCCUUGUCUUGUGAUACGAGGACAUUGGCCCGGCUUCGGGGUGCGAUGGUUUGGCGGUGCGUUGCAACUAUUGAGGAUUAUGUAGGGUGUGACCGGACGACAGGGGAGACUAAAGUGCUCACCUAUUUGAUGGAUUCGUUGGAACAUGGCCUACGAGAGAUUCAGCACGAUUACGCAUCGAUCGCCCCAUCUCUGCAUGGAACAGUGGAAGCCCUCAUGUACAUCUGCCAAGAUCACAUGAAUGCCAUUUUCCAAAGUGCUGGAUCGCAGACGGUGCUCAAGCUUGUUGCUCUUUUGAUCCAAACAUGUGAAUCUGCAUUGCGUUUCUUUGCAGAAACACAGUUUCUGGAGAUUGGAGACGUUGAUGAAUGUGACAAUGGCGAGUGGGAGGGAGAUAAUGGGAGUAUGCGUGGAACCCUGAUUGCGUGCGCUUGGCGAUCAUUAAAAACGAGUGGAACGACGUUGGUCACGAUGGCCUCAGAAAUGUUGUUAAGAGUCAAUUCUACAAACGAACAAGACUUUCGAUGCAGCGUGGAGAACAUUGGCACCAUGCUAAAAACGGUCCUUAUCAACGUGCGCCAUUGGGGAGCAGCUAAUUGGGCUCAACAGUCCCUCACAUCCUUGUGCACAUUACUGGCAUCGUCUUCAGAUCCCUACCUGCGCAAUCUCCCACCCAAUUGGUUAGAGGAUCUACUCCCAACACUUCAUCAAGCCAGUAUUAUACGCCACGAUGAAAGGCACGCUGGACAUGCGCGAAUUCUAUUAAGCAUCUUGAACGGAUACUAUACGAGGGCCCCGGCACGAAGAGCGGCGCUUAAACCUGUGUGUGACUCUCUAUUCGAGGUUAUACAGACAACGCACAGUCCAGAAACAGCAAAGGUCAAUGCCAUCAGCAUUCUACAGUGGAUCAUCAAGGAUUCGAGGACGGGCCAGAUGGUCCCAUUGGAAGACGCUUUCAUUUUGGUGUUUGCGGGUCUGCAAUCCUCAAAUAAAUCCAUCGGCAAUGCCAGCACGGUUCUUUUUUCGUGCCUCCUGUCGCGAUUUCUAACCGGAGACGCGGCGCAUAUACAAAAGCUUGGUGUGCCCACAAAGGCUAACGCCUUCUUUACCGAAUACCCAAGACUAUUUGCUGUGGUGUUGGAACAGCUGGAGAUAUCUGCCAGGAAGAUCCUUCCUCCACCUCGAUUCCAGUAUCCGCUCCUAAUCCUACUUUCUCGUCUGGAUGUUGACAUGUGUUUUGAUGACAACACACCGGUCGGUCGCAUUGCUCCAAUAUUACUCGAAAUCGUGAGAAAUUCACCAUUGGCACAAGUUCGCGCGAUGGCAGCGAAAUGUCUGGCUGAUUUGCUUCCGACAUCGGCUGCGAUCCAAUAUUGCCGAAUCGUGUGUAAUGGUUUGUCAUUGGUUUCAUGUGAUAACCGUGUUGGUAAUAACUACCUGCACGGUAGCCUGCUUGUAUUGCGGAAUGUUCUGUGCAAGUUUACAAAGGAUGCGUCCGUGAAUGAUCAAAAGGAGCUCCACCUUGCUCUUGGAGCCGGGGAUUCGUGCAUUGUCGAUCAACAGUGGAUGCAUCCCGUACGCGACUCGAGCGCGCUCGUUCAAGCAGAGUUGUUUGAAUUGCUGGCACUCAUGUCACGUAGGGGUAUAGCAACAAACCAGUCAAUCCUUGUCAGCUAUGCCGAGGGCCCUGGAAACGACUGCAUUAGUGGCUGUGUAGGCUUGCCUUUGGUUGAAGCCAGCUGGGCUAGGCUGAUGUUGACCACAUCUACAAACCUCCUCGAAACCUGUUCCAAACUGCUAGUAGAUUCUAGGCCCGAUAUGAUUCGCGCAACUCUAGAAUGGCUUCAAGAGGAAUGGACAUCGAUGAGCCCUGAGACCCAGUGCGACCUGUCGGGUCUCCUCAUCAAGAAGAUGACGAAUUUUCCUGCCAGAACCAGUCCUCAAAUCAUGUUACAAAUUGUGCGUAUCAUACAGACGGGAAAGAUUGACGAGAGCGAUGCAUCAAAGUGGUUCAUCUGGAUAGAGCAGCUCCUCAAUUCAGGACCGGUUGAUGGGGAACUCAAUUGUUCGGCUAUUGAAGCGUUAGGACACGUUUUGAAUAUGAUGAAAGGGGACGAAUAUUUUGCACGUUGGCUGACUGUUAUGCGCGGAUGCUUAAGCGCCAGGGUUGCGCUCGCUGCGGACGUCCGGAAAGCGGUCGCAUCAUCAUUUUGCCGCCUGCAGUCCGUACCAACCCUCACACCAACCGCUUCCUUCCACUUUUCGUUCACUGUGAUUGAUCUUUUACGUGAUUCCGAUGAGGAUACGGCUACCCUGGCUGCGGACUUUGUAUCAAGGAUCUUUUGCUCUCAGUCAUCAGUAAACCCACAACGUGCCAUGGAGUUGGUCUUUCAAUUGUUGAGCGAACAAUUUGCCAGUGCUGGCGAAUUUGGUGAAAGGCUAGUUUCUUUAAUGUGUGAUGAACCAACAGAGGGACUAGAGGACACGUUAGCUCCGAUGCUUGCUCUCCAGCACUUUCUGUCGGUUCAAUGUGGUGACCUCGGGAAAGAGUUCCCGUACACGGAUAAGAUACUGGCCACUAUGGCAUCAGUCAUUGACCAGUUGGAAACACAGAACGAUGCCUGCCGACCAAAAUUCGCCCAGUCUCUUCCUUUAAAACGUGUUCGAAGGACAUUAAUGGCAAUCUCGGCCAUGUCAUCUUCUGGCUGUGUCGUCUCUGAUCAAGUGCUCGCAACUCUAAAGUCAUUCAUGACGGCGGUUUCCAGCCAUCCCAUGCUCCCCCCGCUUCUCAUCAUUAGUAUGGAGAAUGUAAAAACAGAAAUGUGUAGACUUGGCCUAGACAUUGGUACGAACUGCUGAUAAACAUAUUUAUGUGUAGUGUAUGUGUAGAUAUAUAUACGCUGGAGCAACCUAUUUACGACGCCCUACCGUCCUCCUGCUAUGCAAAG